AUGACAAUUGCCCAACCCCCUCUGAUGACCUCCGAUAGGUCGGAUUCACCGAUUCCUGUGAUCUCGCCAACAAUAGAUACCGGCCAAACAAUUUCUGGCGCUCAAAGCUAUAUAUCCCCAUAUUCUGCCUCGCUUAUCACUGGUCAUCAAAUAAACAUGCCGACGGAUACUGCUUCAAUACCCAGAAGUCCCAUUGUCAGCAAUCAAUUUUCCACUGCGCAACCCAAGCUCGCCGGGUCAGCCUCGCAACUCGGAUCGAGCUCGAUAGCAGCAGGGCCAAUGCCCGAGAAGGUGGGUGAGAUUGGUUACGUUCCCCCGGCGGAGCCGACACUACCCCCUAAUUUGGUCACCAGAGAUUUCGCACCACAGACUGAGCUUGGCGUUGAGCUGUCGACCCCUUCUCAAUUUCUGCGCCCCGUACGCUCCGCGCAAGCUUGGAGUCCAACUCUUUCCGGUUCUUACCACGGCCAUGGCCCGACGAGGCCGAACAAACCGCGUGAAAGGAUUACACCAUUUAGGAUGUUUUUCAAGCCAGUCUUACUGGCGGCUUUUGGAGUCAUCGUCAUUUCUCUAACUUUCGUUGGGCUAGCUCAGGUACAAGAGCGGAUCAACAACAACAACAAGAACAAUCGCGCAAAGGCUGCUUCCAGCAGCAGUGAUGAUUUGCCUAAUCCCAGUAAUCAUGAUGAUACAUCUUCUGGAAGCACUGUCGGUAGUUCAAACGGAGGCGGCAACAACAACGCUUCUUUCGUAUACAUAGGCACUUUCUUCAUAGUUGCCUUACUUGUAGAAAUUUGGAUUUUCGUGGGGGCCCUAAGACGUCUCUAUCAUCGGCUUGGCCUGUGGGUGGAUCAAGAGUACUCUACACAACUUCCAGACCUAUCAGAUCCGGAGGCUACAUUUCCACCGCCGGUAUUACCUCUAUGGGCCAAAUUUCUUGGAAUCAAGCCGCAAGCAGUCCGACGGCCUCUACUCCCAUCUUACAUGGCUGUCCUCGGAAUUAUCAGGAAUGGAGGAAGAUCAGGAUCAAACGCGGAAGGUACGGGUGAUGCUGAAGAUAGUGAGGUGAUACGCACUCUGGCGAUUGGUCAAGGUCAAGCCGCACCUGCUUUCAAUGGGGAAGAGUUUCAAAGGUCUACUGUAAUUUUAAGAGGUCCACCCAAGCGAAAUAGUACUCUCAGUAAUUCUCCAUCAGUCCGGUCCGGAGGAUUAUUGCGCAGUUUGAGUAGGACGUUCACCGGCGGAUUCAGCCACAGCAACUCGACAAGCCAGACAAACGAAAACGGCCAUCCGACUAAUGCUAACAGACGGGUUUCUGUCGCCUCGGUCAUGAGUCACGGAAGACGGAUGUCUGGAGCUCAUAUGACAAUCCCAGAAGCUAGAGAAAACAGUUUGAAUGAGCAUUCAACAACAAUCGAACUAUCUGAGGUACCCCUCACGCACAAUGCGGCUUACCUUCAUCACCUAAGGAGGGCUAAUUAA